AUGGCAGUCGUUAGGAAUCUGAUGCUUGCGCUGGGUGCUGCAUCAGUUGCGAUCGCGGGCAACGACGACAAGCUGAAGUCUUGUCUUCAGUAUGCUCUGACCGAUAGUGGCCGGGUCGCAUUUGCCGGCGAUCCUUUCUACCAAGCUGCCGAUGUGAAUCGCUACAACCUGAAUAUUCCUGUCACCCCGGCCGCUGUCACAUUUCCCACGUCUUCUCAACAGGUUGCGGCAGUUGUCAAGUGCGCCGCAGACAAUGGAUACCACGUCCAGGCCAAGAGCGGUGGCCACAGCUAUGCCAAUUACUGUCUCGGCGGAACCGACGGCGCCGUUGUUGUCGACCUCAAGAACCUACAGCAAUUCUCCAUGGAUAGCAAGACCUGGCACGCGACAAUCGGCUCCGGAACGUUGCUAGGCGAUGUGACGCGAAAACUCCACGAUGCCGGGGCACGAGCAAUGUCCCACGGAACUUGUCCUCAAGUUGGAUCCGGUGGACAUUUCACGAUCGGAGGAUUGGGACCAACAUCACGGCAGUUCGGAGCAGCCCUGGACCAUAUCGUGGAAGCGGAAGUCGUGCUUGCCAAUUCGAGUAUUGUGCGCGCAUCCGAAACUGAGAACCAAGAUGUGUUCUGGGCAAUCAAGGGUGCUGCUUCUGGCUUUGGCAUCGUCACCGAGUUCACCGUUCGCACGGAACCCGAGCCUGGCACUGCAGUCAAGUACGAAUAUACUCUCAAAAUCGGCAGUACCGAGGAGCGAGCCAGUCUCUUCAAGCAGUGGCAGGCAUAUAUCUCAAAUCCCAAAUUGACCCGCAAACUGGCAUCCACCCUCACCCUCCUAGAGGACACUCUCAUCAUCACGGGCACAUUCUUCGGCACAGAAGAGGAGUACGAGGCGCUAGAUAUCGGCAGCCAAUUUCCAGGAACGAAUGGCAGCGCAAUCGUCAUCCAAGACUGGCUCGGUCUCGUCGGCAACUGGGCCGAAGAAGCAGCACUGGAACUCGGCGGCGGAAUCGCAGCCAACUUCUACGCCAAGUCAAACGCCUGGACGCCGAAGAACCUGAUGAACAACGAGACCAUCGACAAGCUCUUCGAGUACAUCGACAGCGCAGACAAGGGCACUUUGAUCUGGUUCCUUCUCUUCGAUUUCCAGGGCGGCUAUACCAACGACAUCCCCUCGGACGCCACCGCAUACGCUCAUCGGGAUGUUCUUCUCUGGCUGCAGUCCUAUACCAUCAACCUCCUGGGUUCGGUCUCGCAGACUCAGGUUGAUUUCUUGGAGCAUGUGAAUGAGCUCAUCACCCCUGAUGAUUAUCCCUAUGCUGCUUACCCUGGCUAUGUGGAUCCCCUUAUGCCAAACGGCGCUGAGGCUUAUUGGGGCUCGAAUCUGCCCAGACUUCAGCAGAUUAAGGAGCAGAUUGAUCCUCAGAAUGUGUUUCGCAAUCCGCAGAGUCCGUUGCCUGCUACGAAUUAA